GUACUCCACCGCCGCCCAGUUACCGCAGUACUGGAUGACUGGCACACAACCCGCGCCAAUAAAAACCACCGGGAGCUGCCGCUGGACCGAUCAGUGAGCUGCGCUGGCCGGGCCGGAGCUGAGCUGCGCUGAUCGCCGCUGGAGCUGCGCUGAUCGCCGCUGAGCUAAUCCGCUCUGGAGCUGAGCCAUGGCGCUGUUCGGCCGUCUCUGGGUUCUGCCCGUACUUCUGGCACUGCUGGCCGCGACCAAAGGCGAUGAUUCUGGCUCCAUGGAGUCAGGCGAGGUCCUAGAGAUGCUGGACGAUACGCUGGAGACCAUGAGGGUAGCCGGCUGCCUUCCUGACGAUUACGUCUCACUAGAGCUUCCCUCCUGCGAGCAAGUCAACGGGGGAGUGUACGACAAAAUUCUCUGCGUCGCCAAAAGUGCCGGCUUUGCCAAUGAGUCUGGGUCAUAUAAUGCUGAGACCGCCACCACCUUCAUCGGCUCUUUGAGCUCGGACGAACAGUGGGUGGAGGCGACGAAGGCGACGCUGAACUCCUGCUCUUCGAUGAUGUCCGAUGAGCUGCCCGACAACAGGCAGGGAGUCUUCAUGUUCGCUUGUCUGGUGAUGUCGCUCAAGUUCCAGUGCAACGCCAAGCGUACGGGAGAUGCCAUGCAGUCGAUUAUCGGAACUGAGGGUCAAUCCAUCGGACAGGCUCUGGCUUAUAUCGCCGAGGGCUACUGUGUGACUGGCGGCCUUAAGAACCCCGACAGCAUCGACGAAUGGACGGCGUGCUCCGAGCAGAACUCCCUCGACCUGGAGGUCCUCGCCGAGGCCGGAGAGGCCUACAAGAAGUUCGCGUACACUUCGGAGGAGGUGGACAUCGACGCAGAUGACAUCAACGCGCUUAGCGACCAGCUGGACAACUUCAACGCCACCAUCCACUGCACGAUGACAGCGAUUGGGGAGAUCACUGCUGACGGCGAGCUCGACUUUGACCGGAUGCGCGAGAACCUCAACAUCAGCAAGGGCAAGGACUACAUCAAGAAGACUGCCGUGGGGGUGCUCGACUUCUGCCAGGGUAUGUCACCCGCAACUCCCAACGACUUCGUGACAUGCUGGUUCGGCAGCCUGCCCCACGUCUGCAUCUCGCUGCAGGCCCACGGCCUGGUGCUGGCUCCGGAGAAGAAGCCAAGCUGCCCGGCGGGGGGACGCGGAGGAAGGGGACGCGGAGGAAGGGGACGCGGAGGAAGGACCCAGCGCCGCAGGAACCAGCGCAGGAGGAACCAGCGCCGCAGGAACCAGCGCCGUCGCCAGAGGCCGCAACAGCCCGCCGAGGAGAUUUAGAGGGUUGCCGAACAGAGCUACACCCAACGGCCGAUACAAAUGAUUAAUGAACAGGACCACGCGUUUUUGCUCGCUUGGAGGCGUAGCAGACUCAGGCACCUGCUGUUGUCUGAACCCACAGUCAGACGAUACCGAAAUUAGAUCGCACCCCCUUUUACGCAUAAUCAUUGGCAUUGUUCAUGAAGCGCACAUGCGGUUAUAUACAAAAUGUUUACAAUGGCACCGUUUCUACAAAUACACUUUUCAAGAUUGA